UUACCCAGAAAAAAACUGAGUUCCACGGUUCCCACAGCGUUAGUUGCGCAGGAGAGGACGUUAGUGAAACCAUUUGGGAGACAAACGGUGAAUUUACAGCAGAUUUUUAAAACUUUAAGUGUUUGCUGUAGUUAAUUGCAGAGUGUGAAUUAGCGAUAGCACUAUAGUCACUAGUAGUUACCACUGUAAGCGUUGUAAUAAAUCGUUGUAGGGGAUUUUUGACACUGAUAGUGAAGUUUGAGGCGGAAUUAAGAUGGCGGAUCCACUAAGUUUGUUGCGACAGUAUAAUGUCAACAAAAAGGAGAUUAUAGAACGGGAUAAUCAAAUUAUAUUUGGUGAAUUUUCCUGGCCGAAAAAUGUGAAGACAAAUUACUUAAUGUGGGGGUCUGGUAAAGAUGGAGCCCCGAAGGAGUACUACACAUUAGAAUGUUUGUUAUUCUUAUUGAAGAAUGUCACACUCACACAUCCUGUAUGUGUGCGCCAAGCUGCUGCAGAAAACAUUCCUGUUGUACGGCGACCAGACAGGAAAGAUUUGCUGGCCUACCUGAAUGGUGAAACUGCUGCUUCAGCCAGCAUUGACAAGUCAGCACCUCUUGAGAUUCCCACACAGGUGAAGAGGGCAGCAGAAGAUACUCUGGAAUCAGUUGCCAAGAAGCCUCGCUUUGAAGAAACGCAGGUGCAGAAGGUGAAAGAACAGCUUGCAGCUAGGCUUGAUGCACCCAAGGAAGCCUCUGUAACAGUUGACAACAUCAAGUCUUUGUCAGAAGCAAUGUCCGUAGAAAAAAUUGCUGCCAUCAAAGCUAAACGUCUGGCAAAGAAGAGGACAACUAUAAAAGGAAACGAUGAUAUAGGUUUAGGCUCAGAUCUCCGUGUCAUGUUAGAUUUUGAUGUUGAUGUAACAAAAGAUAUAAUCUCCAGAGAACGGCAGUGGAGGACACGUACAACUAUCCUUCAGAGCACUGGGAAGAUUUUUGCAAAGAACAUAUUUGCCAUCCUGCAGUCAAUUAAAGCUCGAGAAGAAGGGCGGCACAGGCCUCCACAGCCUACACCUAUUGUCACCCCACGAGCAACUCCCAUCAGAUCCAUACCCCAGCCUGCUAUGUACAACAGAUACGAUCAGGAGAGGUUCAUCCGACAGAAGGAAGAAACUGAGGGAUUCAAGAUAGACACACUUGGUACUUACCAUGGAAUGACCUUGAAGUCCGUGACCGAAGGCACACAGCCAAAGAAAGUACAGGCUCCAUCUCAACCAAUUAUUCCACAACCCAGACCUGUGGCUGAGGCGCGAAUUGCAGUUCAACCCAACAAGCGGAUCUCUCGAACCCCAAUAAUAAUCAUACCAGCCGCAACAACAUCUCUUAUUACAAUGUACAAUGCUAAAGAUGUUCUGCAGGAUCUGAGAUUUGUGAGUACUGAAGAGAAGAAACUUCAAGGUGCAAAGAGAGAGAAUGAAAUCCUACUUCAGCGUCGGAAAGAAGGUGCAUUCACUGUGCCGUAUCGGGUAAUAGACAACCCCCAGAAGCUGACAAAUGCAGACUGGGAUCGUGUGGUUGCUGUGUUUGUGAUGGGUCCAGCAUGGCAGUUCAAGGGUUGGCCAUGGGAUGGCAAUCCUGUUGAGAUAUUUUCAAAGAUCUGUGCAUUUCAUGUUAAAUAUGAUGAGAUGAAGUUGGAUGCUAAUGUGGGUCGUUGGGCUGUACAUGUUAUCGAGCUUUCCCGUACAAAACGUCAUUUGGAUCGUGCAGCAUUGAUGAUCUUCUGGGAGAAACUAGAUAAGCACAUGAUCAAGAACAAACCUCACUUAAGGUUCUAAAUUGAUAUUUCAUACUACAGCCAAGGAUUCUUGAAGAUAUAAUAGUGUCGUGUGUAAGGGGUUAGCUUGACUAAUAAUUGUGGGUUCGAGAUUUGAUGAUUGGAUUUGUUGGAUGUCUCUAUUAUAAUCACAAUUGAUUAUAACUGCUCACACUUGGAACUCCUUCCUAAUGACAUCAGCUUGCUUAGUCAUUGCUUGGUAACUAAUCUUAUCUGGUUAACACUUAAACUAUUGUAUGUUCAAAUAUUGAUGAAUGGACAGCCUUUUAUAAAUUCUGGAGAACCUAAUAGAGAUCACUGCCUCCAAAGGUUCCAUAAAUGCUAUUUAUAUGUGUGUUGUACCCAGAUACGCCUAUAGUACCAUAGUAAACAAAUCUGUUGUCCAGCAAUGAACAUCUGUUAUUGUUGACAGUGUAAUGCUCGGGAACAUGUUUACAUAACGGUUUCCUAGCAGUGUGUCACAAUACUAACAGAACUGUAAGUAUUUUGUAGUAAAAUAUAUUGCUUCUCAGCCUGUCAUAUGGGUAAUAUUAUACUGCAGGACAUAUGGUCAGUUUCAGCUAUGGGAAUAUAAUCCCAGUUUUGCUACACAGUUAUGUAACCUUGCAAAAUUGCAAGAACUAUUGGAAAAAGUCUUUCACAUUUAUAAGAGGCCUUAAUGUAGCAUAUAAGGAGCUCCUCCAUACCAUUGCUAUGUGUUUCAUUUGUGUAAAUAGAAAGUAAGAAGCUCUUUAGUGAUGUGUGGACCAGUGUCCCGUAACUGCCUCCCUUCUAGCAGACAUGAAACUGAAGUGGACAGUAUCCAAAGACAGUUUCUAGAUACUAUAUUUAAGUAAAUGUAAGGCAGUAUCUCCUUAAAAUUUGCUUGAAUAAAUAAAUUGGAAAUCACACUGCUGUUGAAAAUACAUUAAGUGAAAGUUAUAUUAGGACAAGAGAAAGGGUUAAUGUCACAAAGCAAUGGUAGUUGGACUGUUUUUGUGUCCAUGAAACAAAAUCUCCUCAAAGAAUAGUUUUUUAGCUUCAUGAGAAGUGAAAGUUUGGUGUGUGAUAUCAAAUGAGAUGUACCAGUUAAGAACCAGAGCAGUGGAGAAAGUAUGGAUUUUAAAGAUUUGAGGGCAAAUCAAGAAUGGAUGUAGAGGUUUUUUUUUUUGAAAGGGUGCAGAUGGAUUGAAGGCAUUAGUAACAGAAUAUGUAACAAUUUUCCAUAAGUAACAGAAAAUGUAACAAUUCGUAAUUGUUGGUAGCUUCACUCCUAAGUUACUGAAGUUUUUGUUGUUGACCUCGUUACCAUGGAAAUUUGCACAGCAAACUACAUAGAAGAAUCUGGACAUAUUUCAGGCGAAAUACAUUAAUAAAUGUGGGUUAUAUGGCUAAUUCAAUUCCAUGGAUUAGUGGAUGAUGCAGUACUAUAGGCAAGCUGGCAGUGUAUGAUGUCAAGCACUGAAAAGCGAAUGAAGACAUAAGGAACACUUGUGCAACCCCUUAUGUAACCACUGAUAAUUCAAGACCUAUGGUGUAUCUUAUAUUAAAUGUUAUAUAUUAAUUAAUAAAGACCAGUCUAUCCAGAAA